GCUGCACGCCAUGGUCCAUUGCUAGCUACUAGAGCUCUGUUGCUCUGUACUGUAGCUAGUACCCCUGUCGUCGUCAUUGCCUAGACACGUACGCAGUCGCGUUGCUGAUGGUUUGCUUUGCCUGCAGAUCGGUCGAGACUGAGUGCCUGCCGUGCCGAGACAGGAUGACCAAAGCCAAACUGGCCUUCUGGCUCGGAUGGAUUGCUCUCCUGCAAGGCUGCAUGGUGAAAUCAUCUCUCCCGUACGAGUACGACUACUCUGCAAGCAUCGAGUGCUUGCCGGAGCCGCUGGAGCCGCAGUACGGCGGGGGCGUCCUCCGCAACGCCGACUUCAGCGCGGGCCUGCGGGGCUGGUCCGCCUUCGGCUACGGCAGCAUCGCCGAGAGCACGUCGGCGGCGGGCAACGGGUUCGCCGUCGCGCUCAACCGGACGCGGCCGUACCAGAGCGUCAGCCAGAAGGUGUACCUGCAGGCCGACACGCACUACACCCUCUCCGCGUGGUUGCAGGUCAGCGACGGAGGCGCCGACGUGCGGGCCGUCGUCAAGACCGUCGGUGACUUCGUCCACGCCGGCGGCGGCGUCGCCAAGGCCGGGUGCUGGUCCAUGCUCAAGGGCGGCCUCACCGCCGCGUCUUCGGGUCCUGCCGAGCUCUACUUCGAGAGCAACGCUACGGUGGACCUGUGGGUGGACAGCGUCUCGCUCAAGCCCUUCUCCAAGGACGAGUGGACGGCGCACCGCGCCGAGUCCGUGUCCGCGGCGCGCAAGAAGGCGGUGAGGCUCCAGGCGACGGACUCCGCGGGGAAUCCGCUGGAGGGCGCGGCGGUGUCCCUGGACGCGGUCCGGACCAACUUCCCGCUGGGCGCGGCCGUGAGCCGGUACAUCCUCACCAACUCGGCGUACCAGACGUGGUUCGCGUCCCGGUUCGCGGUGGCCACCUUCGAGAACGAGAUGAAGUGGUACAGCACGGAGCCUGCGCCGGGCCAAGAGGACUACACGGUCCCGGACGCCAUGAUGGCGUUCGCCAAGUCCAACGGCAUCGCCGUGCGCGGCCACAACGUGUUCUGGGACCAGCCCAGCCAGCAGCCCCGGUGGGUGCAGUCGCUGCCGUACCCGCAGCUGCUGGCGGCGGCGUCGCGCCGCAUCCGCUCCGUAGUGUCGCGCUACGCCGGCCAGGUCAUCGGCUGGGACGUCGUCAACGAGAACCUGCACUUCAACUUCUACGAGGGCCGCUUCGGCUGGGACGCGUCCACCGCCUUCUACGCCGCCGCGCGCCUGCUGGACGCCGGCUCCGCGCUCAUGUUCAUGAACGAGUUCAACACCGUGGAGCAGCCGGGCGACAUGGCCGCGCUGCCGGCGAGGUACCUGCAGCGCCUGCAGCAGAUCAUCGCCGCCUACCCGGAGAACGGCGCCGGGAUGGCCAUCGGCCUCGAGGGCCACUUCACCACCAACCCCAACAUCCCGUACAUGCGCGCCGCCCUCGACACCCUCGCCCAGGCCGGCAUCCCCGUCUGGCUCACCGAGGUCGACGUCGCGCCGGGCCCGUCGCAGGCGCAGCACCUCGAGGAGGUGCUGCGCGAGGCGUACGCGCACCCGGCGGUGCAGGGGAUCGUCAUCUGGUCGGCGUGGCGGCCCGAGGGGUGCUACGUCAUGUGCCUCACCGACAACAGCUUCAACAACCUGCCGCAGGGGGACGUCGUGGACCGCCUCAUCGCCGAGUGGCGGGCGACUCCGCGGGCCGGCUCCACGGACGCGCAGGGCUACUUCGAGGCCGAGCUCGUCCACGGCGAGUAUAAGGUCACCGUCAGCCACCCGGCGCUCAACAGCUCCAUCUCCCGGAGCGUCAAGGUGGAGCUGGGCUCAGGGAGUGACCACUACUUCAUUGACAUGCAGGUCUAGACCAACUGGUUCAUCAGUUGCUAGGUGUAAUGUAAUGUAAGAUUACCUGCUGUUGUCACAGAACUGUGAAAGCUUAGAAGCUUAGUCAUUCGUGUGUACCAGUUUUCACCUUGGAUAAUUGCAACGGAAGGCAAAGGAGAACACCGUUUUUAA